AUGUCCUGUCCAACUGGAAGUGAUGAUAUUCUUGGACCGCGAGUAAGCGUUCUCUGUCGGCCUUUUGAUUUCACACUUCUGUUCGAAGAUGCGUUCUUCAAGGUCUUGCCAGCGAGCUUGUUUCUUCUGGUCACCGCAACACGUCUUUGUGUCCUUGUUCGUGCACCGGUAAAAGUCACGUCUCACCGAUUAGCAACGUGUAAGCUUAUUGUCCUCGGCUUAUUGCUACUUUUCCAUCUACUAUACCUCGCAUUUCGCAUCCAGAACCCCUUUCUAUAUACCAGCCUGUCACUGGCUUCUAGUAUUCUGGAUGUCGUCGUUAUCAUGGCAUCGCUCCUGCUGUCGUGGCUGGAAGAUCAACGCUCAAUACGGCCAUCGGACCUGAUGAUCAUUUACUUUGCUGUCAUGACUAUUCUUUCCCUUGCGCGAGCUCGCAGUCUGUGGCUCUUGACAGUUCCCACUUCUAGACCAGCUGCUUUGUGGACACUAAUUUGUGCCGGCACAGCUGCUGUGCUGGGCAUGGAAUCUGUGCACAAGACCCAGCGUUUGGGCAUGGCAUAUCACCAGCCAAGUAAGGAAGUCACCGCGAGCUUUUGGGUAAGAAGCUUUUUUAUCUGGGUGAUUCCCCUGUUUCGCACGGGAUUUUCAACUAUCCUUGCGGUUCAUGAUAUGCCCAAUGUUGACACUGCUUUGACGGGAGCAGAGGCUGAACGGAAAAUUAUAAUUGCUUGGGCUCGCGUGAAUCCAGAGUCCAAGCAUCGUCUGCUGCGAGCAGCUUGUCGUGCAUACUUCUUACCCUUGGUCAGCGCCAUCAUCCCUCGACUGUGUCUCUCUGCAUUUAAGUUUUGUCAGCCGUUUCUCAUCUCGGCUACUUUGAAUUUCAUGUCUUCUCAGUCGACCCCGGAGAAUCAGAUAUAUGGUCCAGCAUUGGUGGGAGCGUACGUGCUCACAUACCUCGGGAUGGCUAUAUCAAACGCGGUAUACUGGCGCCAAGCGUUCCGCCUGAACACCAUGUUGCGAGCUGGACUUAUUCCUCUGAUAUAUCGACAGACUACAAAGCUUCAUGCCGCUGACUUUAAAGACAACCCCGCGAUCACUCUGAUGGGAACUGAUGUUGAGCGCAUCAUUACUACACUGCACGCUCUACAUGAGGCAUGGGCAGCCCCGUUGGAAGUAGGCGUUGGAAUCUUUCUCUUGGAGCGACAGCUGGGAGUUGCUUGCUUGAUCCCAGCGGUUAUAUCGCUCGUCACCGUCAUUGCAAGCGUCCCCAUUUCCCAGAAGUCGAACGCGGCCAUCAGCAGAUGGAUUGAGCGUGUCCAGGCUAGGCUCGGUGUCACCUCCAGUAUGCUACAGGACAUGAAGUCUGUCAAAAUGUUGGGUUUGACCGAGAAACUAUUCGAGUGUGUAUCUCAGUUGCGGCGAGUGGAGUUGCAGGUAUCGGAAAGGUUUCGGAAAUUGCUUGUGGUGCAGGUCAUUCUGUCAUACAUACCUCUUACUUUGGCUCCUUUUGCUACCUUCAGCAUCUUUACUAUCAUCUCCGCCGUCAAGAAUAGUGACGCCCUCUUAUCAACGCGAGUAUUCACUUCGCUCUCUUUGAUCUCCUUAACGACUGCACCGCUGCUGGUCUUUGUUCAACUUCUCCCAUCCCUAUAUCAGUCCAUCGCAUGUUUUGACCGCAUUGAGAUGUACUGUACCAAAGUUACUUUGGACGUGCUAGAAGAACAAUUUUCAACAAACUCCAUAGAGCUCUCGCAGGCUCUCUCAGCCCCAUCGUCGACCUCGCAUGAUCCAGUCAUGGAAUUUACCAAAGCAAGCUUCUCUUGGUCUCAGGAAACGACCACAGUUCUGCAUAACCUGAACUUUGCAAUCAAGAGAAAGAAGAUUACGGCCAUCAUUGGACCUCUUGGAAGUGGCAAGACUACACUCCUGGAAAGCACACUUGGAGAGACUGUCUUGACAGAUGGGUCAAUGUCCCAUUUCCUGUCAAAUGUCGCUUAUUGCCCCCAAAUCGCAUGGAUCGUCAAUGAUACAAUUCGCCAAAAUAUCAUUGGUCCAUUAGCAUUCGACCUGAAAUGGUACCAGUUUGUCAUCUGGGCAUGCGCUUUGGAGAAUGAUCUUGAAGAUAUUCCCGAAGGAGACCUUUCCAAGGCAGGAAGCUCUGGAGUAACGCUGAGUGGAGGUCAAAAGCAACGGAUUUCCCUUGCCCGAGCUCUAUACUCUCGUGCUCCAGUGCUGGUGCUGGAUGAUGUAUUUAGUGGACUGGAUAACAAGUCUAUUACUACCAUAACCUCGCGCCUCUUCACAUCCGAUGGGCAUUUCAAGGAUUCUGGGAAAACUGUUAUUCUCGCCACGCAUAACCAUCGAGUACUCCCAUACACCGAUGAAAUUAUUAUCUUGGACGAAGGAAAAGUGACAGAAAUCACGACGUACGACUGUAUUCGACACUAUUUACCACAAGAGAGCGACACAGAAUCCAAUGAAGUUUUACCAGAUGAUGAAAUACGCAACGAGAGAGAACCGCGGACUAGGAUCUCUGCAUCGAGUUCUCAACCACGCGAUGAAGAAGAAACCGACCAAGAUAUUUCUCGCAGGGAUGGAAAAUGGUCUGUUUAUGCAUAUUAUCUCAAGUCUGCAGGUUGGAAGAUGAUAGUCAUUCUCGCAGCCUCGGUUGUGCUUUUUGGAUUCUCAGAUAAAUUCACGACUAUCUGGCUUCAGAGUUGGUCUGAUGCCAAUGAGCAGCGUCCGAAUCAAAGGCUAGGAUUUUAUCUCGGCAUUUAUGCAGCAUUGUUUGGAAUUUCAUUCCUUUCACUUAUUACUGCCUGCUGGGCGCUUUUUGUCCGAGUCAUCAAUAACACCGGUCUAAUGAUGCAUGCCCAUCUACUACGAUCUACUAUGAAGUAUAUAACAUCUUGGAAUUGCGCGCAAACUGUCUUCAAUGCUGAUAUUUCAUCUAGUGCUCCAUUUAGCUUCUUCCAAAAGGUUGACGCUGGACUGACAACGAAUCGAUUUAGUCAAGAUAUAGAGCUCAUUGACAUGAGUUUGCCCAUUCAAGCAAUCAACACCUAUCUUGGAUUUUCUAACUGCUGCGUUCAGCUUGUCAUCCUUGGCAUCAUGGGAAAAUAUUUGACAAUAACCGUCCCUGCCUUGGCCGUGAUUCUGUAUUUCGUUCAGAGCUACUACCUGCGUACUUCUAGACAGGUGCGUCUUCUCGAUAUAGAAGCGAAGUCUCCUUUGUUUACACACUUUGUGGAGACUAUUCAAGGAAUGGCUGUCAUUCGAGCCAUGGGGUGGAAGGUGCCAUUCCAAGAGAGAUUGGAAGAUGCACUCAAUCAAUCACAAAAGCCCUUCUAUAUGCUUUUUUGCAUCCAACAGUGGCUACAACUUGUCCUGGACUGUGUUGUCAUGGCCCUCGCAGUUAUACUUGUAUCGUUGGUUGUUUCGUUAAAAGACCAAUUCAGUUCAGGAUCCAUUGGGGUGGCUUUGAACUUGAUCUUGAGCUUCAAUACAGAUCUCAUGAUGUUGAUCAGGUCAUGGACCGUACUUGAGACUUCUAUCGGAGCAGUUUCGCGUGUUCUAAGCUUUGUCAACGACACACCGUCGGAAUAUCAGCUUGAGGGCACCACCGAGUCUCCGACUCGGUGGCCUUCUCAUGGCGAGGUAAUAUUUGACAAUGUGGUAGCGAAGUAUAGCUCUGAUGCUCCGUCAAUCUUGAAUGGAGUCUGUCUUUCGAUUAAGCCAGGCGAGAAAAUCGCAAUUUGUGGCUCAUCGGGCAGUGGCAAAACAUCUCUCAUCUUAGGACUGCUGAAAAUGAUUGAACUGCAAAGUGGCACCGUCAGUAUAGAUGGAGUGAAUCUCAGCCCCCUACAAUGCCAUGAAGUGCGCUCUCACGUCAAUGUCAUUCCACAGGAUCCAUUCUUCAUGCCUGGCACCUUGAGAGUCAUCUUGGACUGUGGAACUGCCAGUGUCAUCCUCCCGGACGAAUGUCUCAUCGAGGCCCUUGAGACGGUUGGUUUAUGGAAAAAGAUUGUCAGUGUGGAUAGAGGACUUGACCAGCCACUAUCGGUAUCCGACUGGUCCAUGGGUGAGCGUCAGCUCCUUGCUCUGGCACGGGCAUUAGUCAAGAAGAGUUCCAUAUUGGUGCUGGACGAGGCGACCAGCAGUGUGGACUGGGAGACUGAAUCCACAAUACAGACCAUCAUCGAACGCGAAUUUGCAUCUCAAACAGUCAUUGCAGUGGUACACCGUCUACGAUUCAUAGACAGGUUUGAUCGAGUUGGCCUUAUGAAACAGGGCUCUCUCAUUGAAUGUGAUCGACCUCAGACUUUGCUCUCAACACGAUCCGAGUUUCGGGCGUUUUAUCAUACGAGACAAAGCGAGUGA